AUGUCUUUCUACGAGGGUAUCGGCUCUUCCAGGCACAGAGACCGCUCCCAGACGUCCGACACGUUUUUGUCCCGGGUUUUUGGCCUUCAUUCCAUCUAUAACAACUUACCUGAGAACUACAACUACUAUGGCCACGAUAUCGAUCAGCUAGACGAGUCCAGACAGGCUGAGAGUGGGCCUUCGCUGGCGAUUCUGGACCGGGGGAGUGGCGACCAGCCGGCAUUGGCUUCGCCACACGAACCGCUUCUUCAGUCUGAGCUGGAUCUGGACCUUUCCCUGGAUUCCGAGUCUGAGAGCCAGCAGUCGCCGUUUUUGGCUCCACGGCCGCUGCCGCCUGCUGAUAAGCUUGAACAGCAACAGGGACAUGUUAAGUGGGGCCAGGAAGUCAGCAGGUACGGUAAAGAUAGCGAAGAGCAGCCGUCGUUUGUUCAUGAACCAGAAGAACCAGCUCCAGAGAGGAAAGGAAUCACGUUUAGAAUGCCACUGGUGAGUCCACGGAAGAUCUUCUCUAGGGGUGCUCCUCAGAAACUGCUGCAGCCAGAGCUUUUGCCUAUGUAUGACGUGAAGGAGCCUUCGUUGCAGCACCGCAGAGAACCAAAGACUGAACCUGCUCCUUCGUUCCAUACCCAGUACCAGAAACAGAACUUGCAUCGCAACAGGGUACUGAUUCCGCCCCGUGAACGUGCCUUGUACCUUUGGGCGAAUAUCGUGAACAUGGACGAGUUUCUCAUUGACCUUUAUUACUAUUAUCGCGGUAAAGGGUUUGGCAAUAUCAUCGCUGGUCGGUGUGUUGACAUUUUCAUCCUUAUAUUUAUCUUGUCGUUCACGACGUUUCUUAAAUGGGGUAUUGACUACGAUUUGUUCUUCAAUCGUUGGUCCUCCCACUCUGAAGUUUCCCUCACCUUGCUGGAUUUGGUGAUUAGUGGGUUCUUUUGGAGUAGGGUUCCGUUUUCUGUGAAGCUUCUUUUGCUAGGAUUUUCAUGUUACAUUGUGCUUCGAAUUGUGCAAUUGUAUUUCGAUUAUCGUUACAAGUUGCAAGAGCUCAGGAACUUCUAUGUGCAACUUUUGAAUAUUCAUAGCGACCAGGAACUUCUGACGAUUCUGUGGUCGUCAAUAGUCGGAAGUCUCAUGCUGUUGAAGGAUUAUAACUCAUUGACUUCAACAACACCUAACCUUCCUCCUCAUUACGUGAAUGAUCUCAGUUCCAAAGUCAGGCUCAAUGCCCACGACAUUGCAAAUAGGAUCAUGAGGAAGGAAAACUACAUGAUUGCAUUGAUCAAUAAGGAUGUGCUAGACUUAUCCAUUCCAAUGCCAUCAUUCUUGGGGAACAUCUUCUCUAGUAAGGCUGUGCUCACGCGUACUUUGGAAUGGAAUCUCAAACUUUGCAUCAACAAUUUCAUUUUCAAUGAGAGUGGCCAGAUCAAGCAGGCGAUAUUGAAAGAGGGUUCAAGAAACAGCAUUUCCCAGGAGCUUAGUGCUCGUUUCAAGAUGGCAGCCAUCAUCAAUCUCUUUCUUUGUCCCUUCAUUGUGAUAUACUUUGUGUUGUUGUACUUCUUUAGGUACUUCAACGAGUAUAAGUCGAACCCAUCGUCGCUUGUUGGGUUGAGGCAGUAUACGCCAUGGGCCGAGUGGAAACUACGGGAGUUCAAUGAGCUUCCUCAUUUCUUUAUGAAGCGGUUACAGCUCUCUAUCGGUCCUGCAAGCACGUAUAUCAACCAGUUCCCGAGCGGAUUCUUGGUUGUGAACGGUAUGACUGUUGUGAACUUUGUUUCGGGCGCCAUAACUGCUGUCUUGGUUAUCAUGGGCUUGCUUUUUGACGAUGAAGAACAUAACUUCUGGUCAUUUGAGCUCUCCCAAAACAGAACGACCUUGUUCUACAUCAGUAUCUUUGGUACGCUAUGGGCGAUAACCUCCAACUCGCUUAACACGUCGACUGUGAGCCAUUCUACUGAAAACCUCAACAGUCAAGGAGCUACGUUCUUCUAUGAUCCAGAGGCCAGUUUGCGCUAUGUUUCCCAAUUUACGCAUUACUUGCCUAGUUCAUGGAAUGGCCGGUUACAUUCAGUGGAGGUUAAAACUGAGUUCUGUGAGCUUUACAGCUUGAAGAUCAUCAUCAUUCUUAACGAAAUCUUGAGUUUGAUUUUGACACCGUUUGUUCUUUGGUUCAAGGUUUCGAACAAUUCAAGUGCCAUCAUUGACUUCUUCAGAGACUACUCUAUCCAUGUGGACGGUUUGGGAUACGUUUGUUACUUUGCCAUGUUCAAUUUUGAAGAAAAGGAUAAGAAUAUGAUGCACAACAUGAACAAGAAGAAACAAAAACCGCACAGAAGCAAGAAGGAUAAAGCUCACGGAAAAGCCAAGCAUUCAGAUCUGGAAGAGUCCAGCGACGAGAUGAGCGAUCCUGAUCUCAACAGCUACUACCAAGACGACAAGAUGAUCAAGUCUUACAUGUACUUCCUCGAGAGCUACGGUAAUGGAGACCCCAAAAAGCGCAGGCCGCAAAGAACGCAACCACUCAACCAGAGCCGGUUUCCACGUGCCGCUCCAAUACCCCAAGAAGGCCCAUCUUCAUCGCUACACACCUCCAGAGGCCCCAACCAAUGGAACGGACUGGCGUUGGACAGUGUCUACGAAUCCACAUAUGCCCUCAACGGUGAAGCAAGCGUGCACAGUGAGCCACAAAGCCGAAAAGGAGUCUUAGGCAUGAUCAAUCAAUUUUCGAAACAGCAGGCUGGCCGGUAA